CAUUGGCCAUCGUGUGCCUGCCUUACUUAACUGCUCUUCUAUUUCGUUGGCCAUCGUGUGCCUGCCUUACUUAACUGCUCUUCUAUUUCGCUUCCCUGUUGGAGUUUGUGUAGAUUAAUAUCCGUACCAAACAUAGUAAGAUUUUCUUACUUAGCUGCUUUUUUCUUUAUUUUUUUGUGCUUUAAGAUAUAAUAUAAUGUUAUAAAUACAUACCACUACUGAGCUUCUCUCUGUGUUGUUUGUCUUUUGUGCCAUAAACUAAAUUUAUGUUUUGCAUUGUUAUCUAGAAAUUCCUUUCAGGCUAUGUUGGCAAUAAAUGAGAAAUGAAUCAGAAAGAAGAGAUUAGAAAUUCUAUAGAUAUCGCAGCUUAUCAAACUGCCAGAUCUUGUUUCCCACGACAUUAACAUGUGGGCUUAUGCCGUUAAUGCAAUCAGUGUUUUUCUGCUGUCUCGUAGCAGGAGAUUAGUGCCAUCAUGUGCCAUAAUUUUGUUACGUCUUUAAUUUGCCUGCAAGUGUUAUUCACUAAAUUCAUGGCGAGCUGUAAUUUAUUUAUGUGUUCACGUAUAGGUAAUAGUUAAAUACUUCUCACGUUGAUGUGCACGAUGGGGAAGUUUUCAACACAGUGCGGCUCAAUUGAUGCACAGCAUGUGUCUUGUUCCCAUCAACAAAAUUUUGUCUAAUUAAGUUACCUUUUUUUGUUAUACCCUAUCGAAAAAGCAGUUCACCAUAUAUUGUGUUCUUAUAUUCACUAUUUCUCUCAAUCAAUUAAGCAGAGAUACUGUGGUUUGCUUGGAAGACAAUUUCUCGUGAUACAUUUUCUAAAUAUUUCUUUGUAUUCUGUUCGCCUAGUUUGUUGUGCAUGUCCUAAGCAACGAUGUUAUCAAAGCUCCUCUAGCACCCAUUUGCCAGUGUUAACCUCAUCGUGCAUACUUACCUUGUAUGAGUAGCAUAGUCUUUAUUUUUAAAGCAAUUGCAAUUGAUUUUAUGGUCUUCAAAAAUCAAAUGUGAACGUCGUCCAUUGAAUUCGUGUUUCCGAAGUUCUGCUACCACUUUCCCGUAUCUUUAAAUUUAAUGCAAAAUACAAUAUUGCUGUGUGAGAAUUAAUUAUGCUAAAAAUGGUCGAAUUUUGUAAUUUUAUAAUUGAAGUCAUAAGUGAGUAUUAUUCUCCCGAUCAAAUUUCAAAAGCCUGUUAAUUUAUAACAAUAUUCAAUACCUGAGCAAUGAGUAAAGAUGAAGAUAUUCGUUCGCUACUCUUUGUACUCUCCUACUAUAUUACAAGAAGUAUAUUUCAUUUUAACAUUUGUCUCGGUAUAAAGUCAGAGCUCAGCACUUUUUUUAUUCGAGCGUUGAAUUUGAGACGCGAGUUGAACAAAAUCACGAUGAGUGGUCGCAUUGCACCAUUGAGGAUGUUACCAUCAUCCAUUGUACUAUGUGGGAAAAUCGCCUCUCAUUAUAUCCCGUAUCUCAUUUAUUUGAGGGAUCUCAAGAGUGAUUCGAUGUAAUAGAACCAAGUUUGUGGGUUGUAAUGCCUUUACUAACAAAUUUUGUAUCCUUAUUUCGAUAUAUAUACGCAGGGUAAACGUCAUUCAAACCUCAUUUGAACGGUACCGUAUUUUCUUGUAAAGUUUGUGAACAAAACUAAGAGACAUUCUAUAAUAUUUGUUCAGUUUUUAUUUCAAUAUUGUUCACGAUGGCUUCAAAAGCCCGAAGUCUGUGGCCCCGCUUGCUUCUUCUGGGAGAUUCCUUGACUCAGCAAAGCUUCAGCAGCGAUGGUUGUUGGGGAGCCAUGCUGGCGGACUCCUUCCAGAGACGGUGCGACGUGAUCGCACGCGGCUUCUCGGGCUACAACUCGCGCCAAUGGAUGAGCAUCUGCCGCAACCUGCCCUUAGAGAGCCUCCGGGGAGACGUUGCCGUGCUCUGGCUGGGGGCUAACGACGCCUGCACUUCACCCCUGCAACACGUGCCCAUUGACGAGUACAGGAAGAACCUCGCUGACAUUGUCAGGCAUCUCAAGACGUCGUGUGGCGUGUCGGAAGUGGUGCUGCUCACUCCUCCGCCCUCAAACCCCAGCGGCAUGACGGAAGAGCUGGCCAUGGUUCGGUCAGCGGAGCUCACAGAGCAGUACGCUGAAACUUGCAAGCUGGCUGCUCAAGACGUCAGUGUUACAUGCGUCGAUUUGCACACCAACUUCAAGAAACAGUCGGACUGGCCGUCACUUUUAAGCGAUGGUCUUCACCUCUCCCAAAGAGGAGCUAUGCUCGUGCACUCGCUGGUACUGCCAGUGCUGGUGCCUCUAAUCGACCAGUUCUCGCCCCAGCACAUGGGGCCUGAAGAUCUAAUCUUGCCACUGUGGCGGGACGCUGCUAACGUUAUCAACUGUCCCGACAUCAAUGAAUGGAUCGCUAAGCAUCCUAUGCCUCCUACUAAUUCCAAUGAGAUUUAAUUUACCUUAUCGCGUUACGAGUCAUGUCUUCCACCGACUAGUUUAAACAUUAAGUCGGCCAUUAAUGAGUUUACCGUGACAAUAUUUAAAAUCAACGAUUACGGUACUUGAAGAAGUGUUAAUAAAUUCAUACAUCGCCCAAAAAUGUUUUAUAAUAUCCGACAUUUGGAAAUUGAAGUCAUUUUUAUAGACAACUGUACUUCAAAUAUCGUUCAUUUCAUAAGCCAAAUAAAAUGUUUUCGAAAGUUGUCACAUAAGAAAAUUAACAGAUGUCAUAGAAACUGUAAAAUGCAAUGUAAACGUCUGCUAUAUACAAAAUACCUCAAAUUAUAGAAUAAAGCCGUUAUCUUUCAUUUACUUUCACGUUGCAUGGCAAUUUGUUCUCUAAAUUGUUCCUGCAUCUCAAGCGCCUUUGUUUCAAAAAAUUUUGCUUUAGUCAAAUCUUUUGCCACUCCAUCUCCUUUCUUGUACAUCUGGAAUAGAAUAAGUUUUAUUAUUUAUAUUUAAUCUACAUAUUUUCACGAUUACAACUGUUUGCGAAACAUACCUACUGCCAACAGGAUCCGAGUGUUACCCAAAUUAUUGUACUAUAGCGUUGAUUUAGAAAAUUUAAUUUUUUAUUCUUGACUUUGUGAAUGAACAGACUUCUAGAAAGUCGUGAGGCUUUUCUUUUCAGUGGGUAAAUGAAUGCUUGCCUAUUUUUUCAGCACGUUAACAUUGGCUACAUUUAUUGAGGGAAUGUAUUAGUAGUUAAAUGAGUUCUUACCAUUGAAAGGUUACCGCACGCAUGUAUGCUGCCUAACUCGCAGCCUCUGUCAGCAUACUUGAAUGCCUUCUCCAUGUCAGAAGGAAUGUUGUAUUCUUCCCUGCCUGUUAUGUACACGGCUGACGCAUAGUAGCAGGCAUGCUGAUUGUUCAGGUCGCAGCCUCUCAGCAGCAUUUCCAUACCAUUCUGUCGAUGGAACAAAAUUGCCUUGACAUAUUUUCUGUGUGAAUAGUUAAAGGCAAACUAUUUCAGAGUGAAUUAAACUUGAAGCUUUAUACUGAAUAUUUUCAAGCAAGUAUAUUACCUUAGCAUUUUGAAUGUGAGAUGGUUUGUUGUUAGCUUCUUUUUUGUUUGCAUUCAUCAAAGCAAGAAUUCCUCCGGUGGUGCAUGCUUGUGAGCUGCCAAAAUUACAGCCUUUUUCGUAAUAUUUGGGAGCCUCUUCCCGGGCUUGCUUACUCCCUGUUAUGAAAUUAAUUGCCCAUUCAUGGAAAUCAUAUUCAAACUUUGAAUAAAUGGCAAAAAAAGUCUUUGACUGGCUGUAAAAUUAACUAUAUUGAGCAAAUAGGGCAUAUUUGCUCAAAAAAAUAUUUAAACAUAUUUUUUCUUUUGCUGUAAAUAUACAUAUAUAUAUAAUUCAGACAUAAAUUAUCAAACCUCUGCCUCUUAGAGCCAUUGUUGCAUACUGGUUACAGCUCCUUGCAAACUUGUACUCAUCACAAUUAUUUUUGAAGACUUUCAUAGCUUUUUCAUAGUCAGUCUUGAUAGUUUCAAAGUAUUCUCCAAGCAGAUGACAGCCUGAAAUGAUACAGAGCAGUGAGAGCACAUAAAUCCAAUAGGAUUUAUUACAUUUUAAUAACAUUUCAUAAUCACCAU